CGUGUGCUCUCUCGCUCUCAGUUCGUUGCACGAUCAACGGCGACGGCGUCGCUGCUGUUAAGUUAUUUAAAGCAUUUUACAUGCAACGUCAGUUGUAAAUGAGACGCCGCUUAAAUAAUUACAAACGGAUGAACUGUAAACUGAAUACAAAAUAACAAUAACCGUUACCGCUUAAACUACAAAUACACUUCGUUUCGCCCGCUUCAAUUCAAAAGUAAAUUGUUACGCUCUGUCGGCCGGAGCAGACGCUGUGUGAAUAAUGCGCGCCUUUGUUUAUUUCAAAAUAAAAACCAUAUUCGCCUUUCCAACCACAAAAAGAACGCAUUUUUGAAAGAGCGAAAAGAGUAGAAUUCGAUUUGUGUGUGUGCUUUUCAGAGAGUUGCCAAGCAAUAACAACAACAACAUCAACAUCAACCGAAUAAUAAUAACAACAAAAGCAUCACAAAGCUGGCAAUAUUAAUACAUCGUAGUCCAGAGCCCACAGUAUCCAGAUUCAGUGAUAACGUCAUCCGUCGCUUACCAGUAUUAUUAAAAAAAAAAAAAAAAAAACAACCACACAAAAAUAAUAAUAAAAAAAGUGCUCGAAUCUUUUUGUUUCAAAAUACGAAUAUCAAUUAUAAUAAUUGUAAUACAUUUGCUGCUGCUGCGGCUGUCGUCAAGGUUGUAACAGGAGCGCGGAGAGCUUUUUAUUUUUGCUAGCCGUUCGACCGAGGAGGAGCUGUCACUCGUCACACACACAUAUACGCACGCUUGUAUACUUAUACAACUAUACGUUUACAUACGAACAUAUUCCUCUUUCUGUUUGUUUGCUGUCGCCACGCUGCUGCUGUUGCCGCUGCUGCCGCUACUGCUGCUGCUGCCCGUCCGUUACAUUUUAGUCGCAGCCGCGUCAGCGACGCCGCGUGUUGUCGCCUCGUUUUCGCCGACCUCAAAACAAAACACACAAAACAACAAAAAAUAGCGCAAAAAAGACACAAAACUAAAAUAUAUACAAAACUCAAACUCACACACACACAAAGACUUAGCAACGAUUUSUGUUGUAUAACGCACGCGUGUGCAUUGAAUUUAAAGCAUCUUAAUAUUUUGCACGCAUUUCCUUUCGGACAACAUGAAGCGUCUGAUGACCUGGGAGCGCGAUCUGGUCGAUGCUAUGUACGAGUAUCGGCAGACGCGCUUUAGCUCGCGCCGCAUGCGAAAACGUGUCGUCUUCAAGCAUGGCGAAUGCAACGUGGUGCAAGGCAACGUGGCCAAGAGACGCCGCCGUUAUCUGCAGGACAUCUUCACCACCCUCGUGGACGCUCAGUGGCGCUGGACGCUGCUGGUGUUUGCGGCCAGUUUCGUCUUCUCUUGGGCGUUCUUCGGCGUGAUCUGGUGGAUCAUAGCGUUUGCCCACAACGAUCUGGAGUAUAUAUAUCUGCGCAAUACACAGCCGGAGCUGAUUGCCAAUAUGACGCACACGGUGUGCGUGACGGAGGUGAAGGGCAUGAUGACGGCCUUCCUGUACUCGGUGGAGACGCAAACGACCAUCGGCUAUGGCAAUCGCUAUGUGACCGAGGAGUGCCCGGAGGCCAUAUUCACGAUGUGCAUACAGUGCAUCACGGGCGUUUUCAUUCAGGCCUUCAUGGUGGGCAUUGUCUUUGCCAAGCUGUCGCGGCCCAAGAAGCGCGCCCAGACGCUGCUCUUCUCCAGGAAUGCGGUCAUCUGUCAUAGGGAUGGAACACCGUGCCUGAUGUUCCGUGUCGGUGAUAUGCGCAAGUCGCACAUCAUCGAGGCUCAUGUCCGUGCCCAGGUCAUACGCAAGAAAGUGACCAAGGAGGGCGAAGUGCUGCCCUUCUAUCAGCAGGAGCUGCAUGUGGGCGCCGAUGGGGGUGAGGACCGGCUGAUGUUCAUCUGGCCAACUACCAUUGUGCACAAGAUCGAUCGCAAUAGUCCGCUCUACAUGCUCUCCGCCUCGGAUAUGCUCAAGGAGCGCUUCGAGGUGGUCGUCAUGCUGGAGGGCGUCAUCGAGUCCACGGGCAUGACGACGCAGGCGCGCAGCAGCUAUUUACCCUCGGAGAUACUGUGGGGCCAUCGGUUCGUCAAUGUAGUGUCCUUUCGCAAGGAGACGGGCGAGUACGAGGUGGACUACACGCUCUUCAACAACACCUACGACGUGGACACGCCCCUGUGCAGUGCCAAGCAGCUGGACGAGGUCAAGUCGGAGUGCACGCGCAGUGCCAAAAGCGGCAUAGUGCCCUUUGGGGAUCGUACGCUCUCCACGGCCAGCAUGUUCCAGCGCAUUGCAUCGGCCGCGUCUGUGGAUCACCUCGAUCCGGCCAGCGAUGAGUCGUUGGACUCGGGCCGUUUGCAAAUACGCUCGCAUUCCAUACCGAACGGCGUCCUGCCUAGCGAACUGGAGCCACUGAACAACAACAACAACAACAAUCACCAUGGCCAUGGCAAGCACGGCGCAUCGUUCACCAUGGGCGGCCACAAUAUAUCCAUAACGACAACGGCGCCCAGCAUACCCAACCUAACAAGUAUUAAUGAGAGAACCAACUCCGGUAAUUCCAUAAACAGCAGCAACUACAGCAACAACAACAGUCUCAGUGCGUUGAAUACGAUAGCAGCUGCAACCGCUGCACCACCGGCUGGAGCUGCUGCUACUGGCAGCAACAGCAGUCGAGUCAAGCAAGCGAAUCCCCGACGACUGAGCAUCAAACAGGAUCAGCUGCCCAUCGAUUCCAUGUGCUGAUAUUCAACCCGAGCAAGCGGAGCGGACCCAAACUGAUGUUGUAUUCUAAGUGUAGGCUCCUAGAAAUCUAGUUAGAGUACAUAAUAUAAAUACAUACAUACAUACAUACAUAUAGAUUGAUAGAUAGAUGUAAGCAGAGCGCUCACUCAGAUGUAGCUCUGUUAGCUGUGAACUCCUAAAGAUCCCUAACAAGCGCAUACACACUCCCCCUCCCCGUCUAUACCAGCAGCAAGUCCUUACCGACGCAUCUGGUUUGUAUUUAAAAAGCAAACACAAAAAAACUUGAUGAUAAUUGAUGAUUUUAGUAUAUCUUUUUCCGUUAGUGUUAGUUUUAAAUGAAUUUACUAUAGAUAAGCUCAAAUUGAUAUUAUAACAAAUACCGAAAACGAUAUAAUGAAACCAAAAUGCUGCAACUUCCAUGUAGAAUCAUAUAAAGUCUUCAACUAUAUAAAGCUCAUGCAUGUGAAUGAAUGAAGAAAACAAAAUGAAAUGUAAUAUGAUUUAAAAAACCUUCCUUAAACGAUGAUUGUUCAAUAUCUCAAUUACCCAAUGUGUAAAUAUACCAAAUUAUAGCAGAAAUGAGCUUCAAUUGUUAUAAAUAAUGUGUGGACAAUAAAUGGAAUGAGCAUAUGU